AUGACCACCGGCUGCUGCUGCUACCGCGCUGGCUGCGGCAGCGGCGGGGGGGUCCACUGCAGCCGCGGCACCUGGGGGCACCUGAGGCCCGAGACUGGUCGCUCUGUGGGGCGGCCGGUCGUGGUGAUGACGUUGCUCCUGCUGCUACAGCAUCUGCUGGCGCCGGGAGCAGAAGCUGCUCCUACAAGGGCCAAGGCGCCUCCCCCACCGCCGCUGCCUCCCCCGCCAGCGCCACGUCCACCCCGGGCUCCUGCAGGGAGCCGACCCAACUUCGUCGUCAUCGUGACUGACGACCAGGAUGAGGUCCUCAACUCCACCCACCCCGCCUACAUGCCCGCACUCAGCUCACUGCUGGGCUCGGAGGGCACCCGCUUCGCCAACACCCUAGUCAGCACGUCCGUAUGCUGCCCUGCGCGAGUGUCGCUGCUGACAGGCCGACUGGCGCACUGCACCAACGUGACCUCCAACUGGGCGCCCAUGGGCGCCUGGAACAAGUUCAUACGCCAGGGCCUGGACUCGGAUUGGCUGCCGGGUUGGCUACGGGAUGCCGGCUACCGAACGGCGCUGGUGGGAAAGCUGCUCAACGGUUUUUCGAUACCCCUGAACCAGCUGGAGCGCUGCCCGCUGGGCAUCGACCACUUGGACGCGCUGACGGACGGCACGUACAACUUGUACAACUCCAGCUUCUCGCUCAAUUGCGGUCCCAGUCAGGCCAUGAUGGGACAAUACCAGACUGACGUCAUCCGGGACAAGGCACUGGCCUACAUUGAGGGCGCCGUCGCCGCGGGGUCGCCCUUCUACCUGCAGCUGGAUCCCGCCGCACCACACGUGGACAACGGUGGCGGUGAAGGCUGGCGACCCCCCCCGCCUGCGCAGCGCCAUGCGGACCUCUACCCCGGCUUGGAGCUGCCGGACAACCCCACGUUCCUAAAAGUGAACCCACUCAAUCCCUUUCGAACGCGGGACAUGAACAACCCCGAGAACGUAAAAGACGCGACGGAUUUGUAUGUGGGACGUAUCAGGUCACUGAGAGCGGUUGAUGAGAUGGUGGGCGCAAUAGUCGCCAAGCUAUCCGACCUGGGCAUCCUGGACAACACCUACGUCAUCUACAUGUCUGACAAUGGCCUGCAUAUGGGGCAACACUCCCUGGACGACGGCAAGGCCACCCCCAUUGAGGAGGACAGCCGCGUGCCGCUGUACCUCCGAGGCCCCGGUGUCCCGGCAGGGGUGGUGAGCGCCUACCAAGCCAACCUCGUGGAUUUUGCGCCCACCGUGAGGGCUCUGGCGGGUCUGCCGCCGCGACCUGACCUUGACGGCGUGCCGUUACCUAUAGAAGGCCUGACGACGGAUGCAUACGAUGCGGUCAUGCGUCUGGCCGUCGCUGCGGCGGCGCAGCGAGCGGGGCUGCUGCCGCCGCUGCCACCUGGCCCGCCGGGCGCACCUCCGUCACCGCUGCCACCUCCGUCGCUGCCACGUCCGUCGCCACUGGCGUCGCCGCCGCCCAAACGACCACGAGCCAAGUUGGCACCGUCAAUGCCCGUGGAUGCAGGCGUCGCCCGAGUCCUGGGAUGGCCUGCGCCGCUGGUGUUUGAGACGCCCUCUCCACAACCUCAGCCUUUGGCAGUGCCCGAAGCACUUCCUGUCCCAGUACAGUUGCCGCCGUCAACCCAAUCGCAACCUCUGGCACCUGAACCACCGCCACCAUCGCCCCACCCCUCGCCACCAUCGCCUCACCCCUCGCCACCAUCGCCCCACCCCUCGCCACCAUCGCCCCACCCCUCGCCACCAUCGCCCCACCCCUCGCCACCAUCGCCCCACCCCUCGCCGCCAUCGCCCCAACCCUCGCCGCCAUCGCCCCACCCCUCGCCACCAUCGCCCCACCCCUCGCCGCCAUCGCCCCACCCCUCGCUGCCAGCACCCCAGCCCUCGCCGCCAUCGCCCCACCCCUCGCCGCCAUCGCCCCACCCCUCGCCACCAUCGCCCCACCCCUCGCCGCCAUCACCCCAGCCCUCGCUACCAGCACCCCAUCCUUCACCGCCAUCGCCCCAUCCUUCGCUACCAGCACCUCACCCCUCGCCGCCAUCACCCCACCCCUCGCCACCAUCGCCUCAACCACCGACAAGUGCACCUGCCUGGUUACGAGAAGCUGUCCUGCUGGAGGCCUGGGACAGCGAUGCGAAGAGCGGCUUCUUCCCAGGGAUCACCUUCAAGGCGCUUCGCCUGUGUAGCGCCUACCAGGCCAACCUCAAGGCACCGCCCUCGCCACCCAGCUCGCAGCGGCGGCCUCCGCCGCCAAUGCAGCAAUCGCCGAAGCGGUGGGUUCAGCCGCCGCCGUCGCCGUCACCGCCGCGGCAGCGGCCUCCGCUGCCGUUCCCGCCCUCGCCCUCGCCACAGCAGCCAUCGCCGCCGUAUCCGCCACCGUCGCCUCUGCGACAGCAGCCGGCGGCCAGCCGGCCCCCUGCGCUCAUGGUGCCGCAACCGCCUCACGGGCCAACGGUAUAUUGUCUCAAGUACAUUGUGUGGUGCAAGGACAACGGACGAGAGCUGUACGACCUGUCACACGAUCCAUACGAGGCUGACAAUGUUUUGGGUCAAGCCGCGCCAGCGCUUCUGAGCCGGCUGGAUGCCGUAUUGAGCGUGCUGGUGCACUGCCGCGGCGGCGAUUGCGUACACCCGUACGGUGUACUGCACCCUGCUGGGGAUGUGCUCACGUUUGCAGAGGCGAUGCACCCAAGCCACGACAAGCUGUACGCGUCACUGCCGCCUUUCGCCUUCGCCACCUGCUACCCUGGCUACGUACCUCCAAACGAGCGCACCUUCACUCUGGGCAUGCGGGGGUUCCCAGCCAACGUCACAUGGGAGUCGACGGGUAUCACCUGGCCGCUGCCACCGGGCGUCAGGGGCAUUAAGUGGACAGCUGGCGAGUCUUAG